GUUUCUGGAUGCGCCUUGGGCCGCUUUCACCGUGCAGGUCCAGUGGCUCUCACUGCGGCGGGGACCCUAGGACUUGGGCUGUCUCAGUCCCGCCUUAUCUUCUGAAGACGCCACAAAAUGGCGGCCCCAGGGGUGGGGCUAAAGCGAGUGUCGGGAGAAGGGGGUGAGGUCCGUCCGGGUCCGCGUCGGCUGUAGCGAGGAGAGUCUCAGAGCUCAUCCUCAGCAGGUCGUUCUUGAGAACGCCUGUCCCUGGGCUCGCUCUCCUGAAGACUUUCGGGUUAUGGGGCAUGGAGUGCUGGACCUGCCAACACCCAGGGUACAUAUGGAAGUGGUGUGGCCAGCUGGCAAGGUUAUGAAAACUACAGCUACUACAAUGCCCAGAACACCAGUGUCCCUACAGGAACACCCUAUAGUUAUGGCCCAGCCUCGUGGGAGGCCACCAAGGCCAGUGAUGGUGGCCUGGCAGCUGGGAGUUCUGCUAUGCAUGUGGCCUCUUUUGCCCCAGAGCCAUGCACCGACAACUCUGACUCGCUCAUUGCCAAGAUCAAUCAACGUUUGGACAUGUUGUCCAAGGAAGGAGGCAGGGGUGGGAUCAGCAGCGGUGGGGAGGGCAUGCAGGACCGAGACAGCUCCUUCCGCUUCCAGCCAUAUGAGUCCUACGACUCCAGGCCCUGUAUGCCUGAGCAUACUCCCUACCGCCCCAGCUACAGUUACGAUUAUGACUUUGACUUGGGAACUGACCGCAAUGGUAGUUUUGGCGGGACAUUCAACGACUGUCGGGACCCAACCCCAGAGCGAGGCGCCCUUGAUGGUUUCUUAAGGGGCCGGGGCCAGGGCCGCUUCCAGGACCGGAGCAACUCGAGCACCUUCAUACGUAGUGACCCCUUCAUGCCACCCUCAGCCUCCUCAGAGCCCUUAUCCACCACCUGGAGUGAGCUGAACUACAUGGGUGGACGUGGUCUAGGUGGGCCCUCCACCAACAGGCCGCCUCCUUCCCUCUUCUCCCAGUCCAUGGCCCCUGACUACAGCAUGAUGGGCAUGCAGGGGGUGGGCGGUUUUGGUGGCACCAUGCCUUAUGGAUGUGGCCGGUCCCAGACUCGGAUACGGGAUUGGCCCAGAAGGAGGGGGUUUGAACGCUUUGGACCAGACAACAUGGGCAGGAAGCGGAAGCCGUUUCCAUUGUAUGAAGAACCUGAUGCCAAGCUGGCCCGUGCUGACAGUGAAGGAGACCUCUCUGAAAACGAUGAUGGAGCUGGUGACUUACGGUCAGGAGAUGAAGAAUUUAGGGGGGAGGACGACCUCUGUGACUCCCGGAAGCAGAGAGGAGAAAAGGAGGACGAGGAUGAGGAUGUGAAGAAGAGACGGGAGAAGCAAAGGAGGAGAGAUCGGAUGCGGGACCGAGCAGCUGACAGGAUUCAGUUUGCCUGUUCUGUGUGCAAAUUUCGUAGCUUUGAAGAUGAAGAAAUCCAAAAGCAUCUGCAAAGUAAAUUUCAUAAAGAGACCUUGCGGUUUAUAAGUACCAAACUACCUGACAAGACAGUAGAAUUUCUCCAGGAGUAUAUCAUAAACAGGAAUAAGAAAAUUGAGAAACGGCGUCAGGAGUUGUUGGAGAAGGAAAGCCCUAAACCCAAACCAGAUCCAUUCAAAGGGAUUGGCCAGGAGCAUUUCUUCAAAAGGAUUGAAGCCGCACACUGCCUGGCCUGUGACAUGCUGAUUCCUGCACAGCACCAGCUCCUGCAGCGGCAUCUGCACUCUGUGGACCAUAACCAUAAUCGAAGGUUGGCUGCUGAACAAUUCAAGAAAACAAGUCUCCAUGUGGCUAAGAGUGUUCUGAACAACAAGCAUAUAGUGAAGAUGUUAGAAAAAUACCUCAAGGGCGAGGAUCCUUUUGUCAAUGAAACUGCUGAUCUUGAGACAGAAGGAGAUGAGAACUUAGGAGAGGAGAAGGAGACACCAGAGGAGGUAGCUGCGGAAGUCUUAGCAGAGGUGAUCACAGCAGCGGUGAAGGCUGUAGAGGGGGAUGGAGAACCAGCUGCAGAGCAUAGUGACGUCCUAGCUGAAGUGGAAGGGCCUGUGGACACCGCCGAGGCUGGUAGUGACUCCCACACUGGAAAGCUGCUAGAAGAACAGACCUGUGAAACAGCAUCUGAAACCAGGAACAUGGAAGACAUGGCCAGAGGUGAGGCUGCUGAGGCCAGAAAUGAAGCAGCUGUGCCAGCAGCAGCCGCCGGAAGCCCAGUACCUGUCAUAGCCAUCCCAGGAAUCCUGGAAGAUGAGCUGGAACAAACUGAUGCAGAGGCCAAAGAUACUCCCACAGAAUAAUGAUCUUCUCUUCCCUGUUUCAAGGGACGUGUUAUAUCAUGUGUUCUUUGUUUUAUAAGCUGUACUGGGGUGUGUGUUAUUCGGUGGAAAGACUGGGCCAUUUCCUUCCCAGUGUACCUCAAGGAUUGAUGCUAUACAGUAGAUGGCUUCCCACCUCUGUUAGAAAUACAAAAAGAGGUAAACCAUUUUCCCAAGUGGCCUUUGAUGGCUAUCUGUGCACUGCAGCUAGAAUAGUAAGAGUAGAUCUUCCUGACACUUGUUGAGUCCUGAAUUGGACAGAAUGUGAGGAUUUUUGUUUUGUUUUGUGUUGUGUUUUUGUUUGGUCUUCGUUUCACUUUAUUUUGCUUUUUCUCUUGGGAAGCAAUCUGAUACGAACAUAGCUUACUUGAGAAAAAAAUUAUUUAGGGGAAUUCCCUUAUUCACCUCUGCAUGGUUGAUGUGGGACAUACACAGUUCAACCAUCCAUGUGUGCAAGAGCUGAGAUUGUGCCCUCCACCAAUAAACAGUCUUGUUUCAAUAAACAUCAGGCCAUUUCCUAAGGCCUUCGGCAUUGAAAUAGCAUCUUGCUUGGACCAAGCUAGCUUUAGAACUCAAUCCUACUGUUUGAGCCUCUGCAGUGCUGGGGCCAUGAGUGUACGGCCAUGCUCAGUGGGGCUUUGGUUUUGCAAUACACUGUAUCCUAUGUUCCUCUCCAGCUGUGGCAGCAUUAGACAGAUGACAUGGCAGUGACUUGGCUGUGUUUGAGAUGGUCCCUCAGGCUUCCACUGGAAGGACCCGCACCUGAGCCUGUAGAUCGAAGACACUGCUAAGGCCUUGGUUCUCACUGUUCAGUGCUUGCUAAUCAGUUGGUGUUCGUCUCCCACCUCUAUUAGUGGAUGUUUUGUUGUUUGCUCUCUUUCCUUUUGUUAUUUCCACCUAAAGGUAUUUAGAAAACCAUGGAAUUACUCCAUUGAUGAAAAACAAAUGUGGACUUCAUAGUUGGGAUCUGUCUGUCAAAAGCUCAAACCGUUAAGUAAAAGUGUUUGACUAAAGCAAGUAGUAGUCCGAGCAAGGGAGGCUUAGCAUGUCUCUAAAGCAGCAUGUGCUAAGGUUUUACAGGCUCAGAAUGAUGGGUCUCCCCCGUUUUGAAGUUACAGUGCUGUGUCCAUUUGUACACAGCUCACAUCUUGGAAACAUGAGCCAGUGAGGGACUACGGAAGAGAUGGUAGACCAUCACAGCAAUUUCAUCAGCACGUCUGUCUGUUAAGGAGCAUUACUGGGGAUGUGAUAGGGACUUUGGAAUAUCAUUGUCAAAACAAGCAAUAAAUUGAUGCCACGGAGA